AUGAGUCCUCCCAGAAGAGAAGCGAUGAUGAACGGGGUUCGUCCGACUCCACUGAAGAUCAACAAAGAGUCUCAUUUGAUCCAAAAGCCAUCUUCAUCAGCUGAUCACCCCAAGCACCAGCAGCAACAGAAGCGAGGAGGUCCCAUCAUCAUUUACACGCACUCGCCCAAGAUUAUCCACACGCAGGCACGGGAUUUCAUGGCCUUGGUUCAAAGGCUUACAGGCAUGUCCAAAUUCAACCGUGGGGUUAACCAAAACACUGCACCGGUACGGAAGAACGACAAGGUUAACAGACAAGAAGACAACGAGACCUCUUCUGGAAUUACGGAUGAAAACGGCGGCUCUUAUGUUCCUACUACGGCGACGACGACUGCCGGUGGUAUGGGCCCUUUUUUCGCUGAUAUGCCUCUCUUCACGCCGAGCUCCACUGAUUUCUUUUGCUCACCGAGGCCUAUUCAUAAGUUUGGUGAUAUGGGGACUUUGAACUCACCAACUUUACUGGAAUUCUUGAAAGGACUCCCAGAUUACUGAAGACAACUUUUUUUUUUUUUAAUUUCUUAUGCAAAUAAUCAUAUCAAUUGUUUAAUUCAUGUU